AUGGGCGCACCCUGGCAGCCACCACCAGUGGCAGCGGAACUAACCCUGCCAGCGUCCGUCGAGACCUGCCAGAAAUACCCCUGUAUCAUAUUCAUCGGCGGCUCCGGCCCCAUCGACAAAGACUCUACCAUUGGCGCCCUGAAACCAUUCAAGGACAUAGCUCUUGGUCUCGCCAAUCGGGGUAUUGCAUCCUGUCGGUUCGACAAGUUUGCGUUCACCAUUGCUGGGAGAUUCCUCACCCGCAACACAACAACCACGCUUACAGAUGAAUACGUCUAUCAUGCCAGGCAUACCAUACGCAAGGUCAGUCAACACCCUAAUAUCGACCACGACAGGAUAUUCCUCCUGGGCCAUAGUUUGGGUGGGUUGAUCGCUGCUCGCCUUGCGGUGGCUGAGCCUGGGCCCUCAGUAGCAGGCUGUGUCCUUAUGGCGUGUCCCGCGCAACCGAUAUACCGGUGUGCUAUUCGACAACUGCGGUAUUUCAAGAGUCUUGACGAGUCUGAUGGGCUGCCCUCAGGCGAUGAACCAAGUAAUAUUAAUAUGAUUGAGACGCUGAAAAAGCAAGCGGAGCUUGCAGAUGGUCCGACGAUGACCCCAUCAACGCCAGCCAGCCAACUACCGAGAUCCGAAUGCCCUGUCUUGGUCCUGCAGGGUGCACGGGAUUAUCAGGUUACUGUCAACGAGGACUGUGCGGCGUUCUAUGCAAAGUUCUAG